AUGUCCCUAGCUCAGGAGUGGGAAUCCUUCAAGACACCUCCCGUCAAGGAGGUAGCACCAGUUCCGCAAGUCGGCUCUCCAGCUCCCGCACAUCCCAACCUCACCUUUCCAACAGACAAGCCCACCGUUAUCGUUUUCCUACGCCAUUGUGGUUGUCCAUUUGCAGAAAAGGCCUUCAAGAACCUAACCUCGACAUCGACGCAGUACAAGGACGUACACUUCAUCGCGGUCUCGCACUCCUCGCCCGAGGCUACCGAGCGCUGGGUCAUAGAGGUCGGCGGCAACUGGGAGGUGCAAGUGGUCGUCGACUACGAGCGAGAGCUGUACGCGCACUGGGGUCUAGGUAUUGGGACUACAUGGCAGAUUAUGGGCCCUAUGUCUCUGUACAAGACAUUCCGCCUGGGCAAGGACGAGAACAUCUGGAACCGCGCCACCGAGAGCGGUAACAGGUGGCAGACUAGCGGCGCUUUCGCCCUCGAUCAGGACGGCAUGGUGAAGUACAGCAGGGUCGCUGCGUCCUCUAGUGAACUCCCAGAUCUGGAGGCUGCCCUGACGAGUCUGGGUGUAAAGGUCAAGCCGAAACCGCCGCCAGAGCCGAGGACAGACGGGUUCUUGUAA